GAGUCGCUCCCACACCGGCCUCCAUCAUCCACCGUACGAAAUGAUGACUGGCUGAUCCUCUUCUUCUAGAGAGAGAGCGGGCACGUCCACCAUUUUAGUAAAAGCGUGCCUUGGAACGUGUCACCAUCUCAACCGUCCCCUCACGCGAAGGAGCGCAGUCGCGUGCUCUUCUUCCUCAGUGCAAGUUAGGAAGUUCACCACCCCUUCCGCGGAGAGAGAGAGAGAGAGAGCGCGGUCAUGGCGGAGGUGAGGGAGCGGAAGGUGGGCGGAGGAGGAGAAGGAGAAGGGGCGGGGUUCGGAUGGGAGAGCAUGAGUCCGGAGGUGCUGGCGCUGGUUUUCGUCAGGCUGCCGCUGAAGGAGAUGGCAGGAGUGGUUCCUUGCGUGUGCAGGUCAUGGCGCGAGGUGAUUAUGGGGCCUCACUGCUGGGCGGAGAUCGACGUGGAGGAGUGGUGCCGCCGCGUCAACGACCCCUGCCAGAUAACCAAUCUCCUCAACAAGCUCGUCGCCAGGUCCGCCGGUAGCGUCCGCAAGCUCUCCGCCUACCGCGUCGACAGCGACUACACUUUCGCCUCCAUCGCCUCGCGCUCCCCGUGUCUGCAGACCCUGCGGUUGCCCCUGAGCGCGGUGAGAAAUGCGGUCGUCGUCAAGUUCGCUGACAGGUUUUCCAAGCUCACGGUGCUGGACAUAAGCUACUGCAUCAACGUCGGACCUUCGGGCAUCGAGGCGAUCGGCCGGCACUGUAAGUCGCUUCUCUAUUUCAAGCGGCACAUGCCGCCUUUUCCGGGUCCGGACCGGCCGGACGACCGCGAAGCCCUCGCCGUGGCGUCCACCAUGCGACAGCUGAAGCAUCUCGAGAUGGGCUAUGGCCGGUUCGGCGACGCGGGGCUGGACGCCAUUCUCCUGGGCUGCGCCGCGCUGCUUUACCUUGACAUCCGCGGCUGCUGGAACGUGGAAAUGAAGGGUGACUUGGAGGAGCGCUGCCUGGUGAAGACGGUGUUUAAAGAUCCGGAUUUUGAGAUGUAUGACACUUCGUCGGAGGAGGACGACGACGAAGAUGAUGUCGCAGGGAGCGAGAGUGAUUAAAGAAAUGGCCGCCGGUUAGCUGUGGACGCUCUGUUGGUGGCAUUUCCUUCUUCCCGACCGUGAGAAGGAAUGAAGGAAACUGUUUUUUUGUUCAUGGAAAUUUUCAUUUGGAGAACGAACCUGGUUUACCUAUAAUUUUAAAAAAAAAAAUCAUGUCUUGAAUUUUCUUCAUGCGAGUGUCUCACAUUUUCUUUUGUCUACGUAUAUCUAUCUCAUUUGAAAAAAAAUUUUCUUGCCUAAAAAUCUCAUCAAAUCUCCCAAAACUAGUUUUGUAAGUGCGUUAAGGCCGUUUUUUAUAACGUUACACAUUUU